CACCGUAUUUACAAAUUAGCGCCCAGCAGCCUAGUUAUCACUGCUAGUCACUAGUUCAUCAACAUUGUGAAUCCUUUAUUCCUUCGAUACAUUUAGACAACAUACAGAAACUUCGUGAAUAAUAUCAAAUGACUUGUACUCACGAAGGAAAUCGAAUACGGAACAUCAACCAACACGUUUAAUACUUACGAAGCGGAAAAGUUGAAAUGGCACGUGCCAAAAUACCUCGGAAAAGUGUAACCCUAACACCGAAGCGCAGCGCAGUUAAACGAAAACAAGACCCACUAAAAGCAGCUAAAACACACAACAACAAGAGGAAUAAAUUGAAGCCGCUGCAAAACAUACAGAAGCAAAGAAAAAUGCAGUCGGAUGCAAACUUUUUGCCAGCAACACCAAGAACAUCUGACAGAUUAGCUAAGCAAUAUCAGAAAACCAACUGGAAGAGAAUUUCUCCUCAUUCUUCAAUUAUUAGCAAAGCAACAUCAACAGAUACUAUUGUGAUUGAUGACACGGAUGAGGAAAACGAGGAAAGCGUUUCGAACUUGCAGCCAAAUGCAAUGCAAAAUACAGGAUAUUUUUACGAAGAUCGUAGUCCGGGAUUACGAGAAUUGGAAAUCCCUCUAUAUGACAUCGAGCGUCAGCCAGUUGAACCUGUUGUGGAAAUUCAUGAAACGACAAUUAUUGAACUAGAUAGCACCAUAGAAAAUGCAAACGAAAACGGACAAGAAAAUAGCAAAGAGCCACAAGAGCCGGAUUCUACAGAAGAUGUGAGCAAAAGUGAAAAAGUUUACGCCAUCUCAAAUCCUUCUAGAAAAAUUCCUCCCCGUGUGCUAAGUGUGAUUGAUUUAAGUGACGACUCGGAAGAUGUGUCGUACACUCAGUUCAUUGCACCAGUUCAAACCAUUCCUCUGGGAUAUAACAUUGCGAAAUCGCAACAAAAAGUUGAUAAACAGCUUACAAAGAAAUCUCCAAAUAAGAAAAUAACUGGUACAAAUUUAACUGUAGAACCUCAAGUACCAACGACAUCUGCAUCCACGCAAAACCGUAACAGCAAAGAAAUGCAAAAAAAGAGAAUGGUAGUAAUCGAUGGGAACAACGUGUCUUAUGGUCACCUCAAUGGAAAAAUGUUUUCAGUGAAGGGGCUCGAAAUAUGUAUCAAAUAUUUUAAAAAAUUGGGCCACGAAGUUGUAGCAGUAGUUCCUCAGUAUAAACUGAAGAAAACGCAAAGUACUGAUCAGGAGCUGUUGCAAAAGCUUCAUCGCCAGGGCGAUGUUAUACUUGCACCUAGUAAAAAUCUUCCUGGCCAAUAUUCUUCGCCAUACGAUGACAGAUUGAUUUUAUCAGUUGCAGAAAAAUUCGACGGUGUUAUCGUGUCUAAUGAUAAUUUCAGAGACCUUCUUGAUAGUAGUCCAGUAUGGCGACGAAUAAUCGAAACACGAGUUAUUGGUUACACGUGGGUUAAAGACUGUUUCUUCCUUCCUGAUGAUCCCUACGGUCGCCAAGGCCCCUCCCUUAGUGCGAUGCUGAAUGGUUAUUCACCGUAAUUUUGUUUUGCUUUGAGUAAUAAAUACAUAUGAAAUACAAGAAUUUAUUUAUAUUACGUACUUAA